UCCUUGCGAGUCACGAUCACUCCAAGACGGUUCGUACAAAACCGUACUAAACGUGUCUGGCAGUACUACUCUAGCUGGUUCAGUACUGUACUGUGGUUGAUAACUGUACAUACAUUACCAAAUUUCUUCCCCUUUUCACCAAGAAGAAUGUCAGAGUUACCUUUUAAUAUAGAGCAGGAUUUAGAACGUGGACGGGAGCUUUACCAGUUAGAAAGGAAUUUUAAAGAGGCAAAAGAGUCAUUCACUGAAACCCUCACCUCCUUGAACAAUUAUUACGAUGGUGAUCCUGAAUCUUUGAAGAAGCACCAAGCUCUGGUGUACAAUGAGAGAGGCCUCUGUAAAUAUAUGCAAGUGUGCUUUGAUGAUGCUGUGGAGGACUACACUCAGGCCAUACAAUUAGACCCAACUCUGGCUGCUGCGUACUACAACAGAGGAACAAUUUGCUAUAGACUCUGUGCUACUAAGUGUCAUGAGAUGGAUGAAAGACAAGAUCUUCAUAGGCGAGCAACUGAGGAUUUCCAAGAAGCUGUAAGACUAGCCCCAGAUAAUACUGAGUUCCAGUUGGGUUUAAAAGAGUGUAAUGCCAUAGCUACACCUGGAGCAGAGGUGGCCAUGACGGAAGAAGUUACGAGACUGAUAACCUGUGUAGAUCUCCCCAUCGUUCAUCAUAAUUUUGUCGAGGGUGAUGAAGAGGACAGGGUUUGGGAUUUGGACAAUAUAUCCAAGAAAAAGUUAGUGAAGCUCCUCUUUCUUCUAGACAAUAGUGACGAUACCACUGGCACAAUAAAGCACGGGAAGCUAAACACUGAAGCUGUCAAGGGGGGAAUUUGGUGUUUCCUGUUCUUUCUCAAGUACAAGAACCUUGUUCAUAAUCAAAUCCUCCAGAAUGUGUUACGGAACCGUGUCAGGCAAAUAUUAAAUUGUUUCCCUUUAUCUCUUCCAAGGGGAUCAGAAGCUGAAAGUCUAGGUUUCCAGAAGGACGAGGAAGAUCUGCUCAUCCUGGCAGAGGCAUAUCGCCACUUGGGGCUUAAAAGCCAGCAUCUCGAUGAAAAAAAAAAUGACAUUCAACAUAGAAUGAAUUUUACAGAAAGUGAAAAAAAUGGUACCUUUUGUUUAUAUGCUGAAAACCUGCUCAUGACUCACUUAUGUGAUGACCUGACACCUACUCUUGUUUUUGACUUGUUCAACAUCAUGAUAGAAGAUAAGAGUCUCUGUGAUAAAAUUGAUGGAGAUUUGGAUAUUAGCUUGGAUCAGUUAAAGGAGAUUGAAGGCCUUAAAGAAGGUCUUUUUUUCUAUAUGAUCAGGAUGCUGGAAUACCAUAAGAUGCAAAACCGCCUAUACACAUAUAAGCUUCAACAUUUUCUCCAUAUACUCAAUAAACAAAGGAGUCCUGAAGAGCAAGAGAUAAUCACUAAAUAUCUUCUUAAGUUAGAACAUUAUCCAGGAGAAUGCCAGCCAACAGGGUUAUGUAUUGUCUUCUGCGUUACUGAUGACAGAGAAGGUGCUGACCUUGAAAUAACCAAGAUUACAAGUGUUUUUCAUGAUAUUCUUGGCUUUACAAUAAAAGUCGAGAAAAACCCCAGCGCCAAAACCAUUGACGAGUACAAAAAAGAACUGAGAAAGUCAAAAUAUCGGUUUUACGACUCCAUCGUUUAUUGGUUUCUUUCACACGGGACAGAGAAGGACCUGUUGCUUCCUAAUAACAAGGAAUAUCGAAGAGAAGAUUUCGUUGAUAGUUUCUCAAAGCUGGACAACUUUAGUAAAAAGCCCAAAAUCUUCUUCAUGGCCUCAUGCCAAGGAAAUGAACACAUCCCUGUAGAGGAGACAGGUAAUUAUGAAGCAACCAUAGAUGGAGAGGGUAAAACUUAUGUGGAUUACCCAGACGCUGCCCACGACACAAGCUAUGUUUACUACCAGAUGGAUCGUCUUAUUGCUUAUGCUACGCUCCGCAGUAAAUAUGCCUUUAGGCUCAAAGAUCACGGUUCUGUGUAUGUGGAUUGUGUGUGCUCUAGUCUGAAGGAACACUGUGGAAAAAAUAUCACUCAAGUGUUAGAAGAAGUUUGUCAAAAGAUUCACCGCAUUGUUUUCUACAGUGAAGAAAAAAAAACAUCAGAAGAAAAAGAAAAAGAAUUUGAAGGGAAUGCAAAACAAGCAUGUUUCUAUGAAAGCACCUUCCAAAAGACCUUCAUUAUCCCCAAAGGUUUAUAAUAUAUAUAUAUAUAUAUAUAUAUAUAUAUAUA